AUGGGCGACAUAUCACCCGUAGCUCGAGAGGAACAUUCACAUGAUAUUCCAGGCCAUUUCCUCCACUCCCCUGUCGAUCGCUCCUCCCCUCGUUUGCCCCAGGCUAUCGCCCACCGAGGGUUCAAGGGCCACUAUCCCGAGAACACUAUAUUAGCAAUCGACAGAGCUAUCCAGGCAGGAGCUCAGGCACUCGAGCUCGACCUUCACAUCUCUCGUGAUGGAGUUGUUGUCCUAUCACACGACCCCAGCCUUCUGCGAUGCUUCGGUGUCAAGAAGAAAGUCGCCAACUGCGACUGGGAGUAUCUCAAGACAUUACGAACCUUGAAAGCACCUCAUGAGCCGAUGCCCCGGCUAGUGGAGGUGUUGGAAUAUCUCCGACAACCAGGUCGGGAACAUCUCUGGAUACUACUGGACAUAAAGGUACGGCCGCUCCUUCUCAAAAGCCAGCUCUUGCCAAACGCCAACAUCUCACCCUCUUCCCAGCUCACCAAUGAACCUUUCACCAUCAUGGAACUGAUUUCCAAAACCAUCGAAUCGGUACCUAUAUCCACGAUCGGGCCAGACUGGCACAGAAGAGUCAUCCUCGGCUGCUGGUCUUCACGCUACCUACCCGCUCGAGCACAACAUCUACCACGAUACGCAGUGACAUUAAUAUGUGUUGACGUGAGCUAUGCACGUCAAUUCCUCCAAGUACCCGGAAUAUCAUUCAAUAUCAACCAGAAGAUUCUGAUGGGGCCCUUAGGCCGAGGAUUCCUAGAAGAGGCGCGCGCAGCUCGGCGUGCAGUCUAUGUUUGGACGGUGAAUGCGCCGAACUUGAUGCGUUGGUGCAUUAGACAUGACAUCGACGGCGUUAUUUCUGAUGAGCCCGGUCGAUUCCGGCAGGUCUGCGCGGACUGGGAGAAGGAAGGUACGGAUGGGGUGAGACUUCCGGAUCCAGAUCUAGAUCGAAUCACUUUUCGACAACGCAUCGAGAUCUUGGCGGUGGCGCUUUAUGCCAUUUGCUUUGGUUGGUUCUUGAAGAGGAAGUAUCUUACUCCUGUUGAGAGGAUGGGGUUCGAGGAACAUAAGUCGAGAUAA